AUGGCAGCCCAUACGCCAAGGAAAUCGCCCAUCAAGUUUCAUGACCUUGACCAGAAGGAUGUUUACGAAAAGGCUAUGGGUGAGACGGAUAGUGAGAAGGCCCGUAACUUUGUUGUUGAGUUCAGCCAUCAGCAAGCCACCAUAGCCUUCGACCUGAGCGCAGAUGAUUUUGGCAUUCUUCUGGGUCACGAACCACCCGACGGCGUCAUACGGCUCUCAUGA